GCUACAUGAAAAAAAUGCAAGUCAAAGUGGUCACAACCUAGAAGUCUGCAGAGACAGGAAUAACUAGCAAUGCAGUGCCUGGAGAUGACCACCAAACGGAAAAUCAUCGGCCGACUGGUGCCGUGCCGAUGUUUCCGAGGUGAAGAAGAAAUCAUCUCAGUUUUAGACUACUCCCACUGCAGCCUUCAGCAGGUGCCAAAGGAGGUCUUUAACUUUGAGCGGACAUUAGAGGAGCUUUAUCUAGAUGCCAAUCAAAUUGAAGAACUACCUAAGCAAUUGUUCAACUGUCAAGCUCUAAGAAAACUAAGUAUUCCUGAUAAUGAUCUUUCAAAUCUGCCAACCACUAUUGCUAGUUUAGUUAAUCUUAAAGAACUCGACAUCAGUAAAAAUGGUGUACAAGAAUUUCCAGAAAACAUUAAAUGUUGUAAGUGUUUAACAAUUAUUGAAGCCAGUGUCAAUCCCAUUUCUAAACUCCCUGAUGGCUUCACGCAGCUUCUAAAUCUGACCCAGCUCUACCUGAAUGACGCCUUUCUUGAAUUUCUUCCAGCCAAUUUUGGAAGACUUGUCAAAUUGCGAAUCUUGGAGUUAAGAGAAAAUCAUUUGAAAACUCUACCAAAGUCUAAUGGAGGCACCAUGUCCCCGGUUGGGGGCAUAAACAAAGAUGGGAAUAUGGGAAUGUGGUUGGGAGUGUUACUUGUUUAG